GGGUGACUUCUGGUGUAUAACGUAGCUAUGAAAUUGAGAAAAUAUAAAUAAGAAAAGAAAAAAAUCAUGUAUACUGAAGACUCGUCAGGGUCAAGCAGUACUUCAAAGAAGCAUAUGAAAAAGGAGGACUCCAUAAACGAUGAAAAUGACACAAUCAAACAGAGAACAAAAGUAAAGAAACACGAGGCAGGCCACAUAAGCAUGAUGGAACAGGAGGAAUCGGAGUCAUCUUUAUGCUCGCUACAGAUGCAGAUGUCUGGAUACCUGCAGCGAAGUGACAAUCGAGCCUUCCAGCUGUAUCCUGGAGUAGAGAUGGCGGACUUCAACCUCACCAAUGAGAGACAGAACUUGUACUCCACGAAGUAUCAUAUUAGUGUCAACAGCCCACCUGAUGAAAGCUAA